CUCCCACCAGCCUCUCACUAGACACACCAAACCAAAAUGAAAACUUGUGAGCUUUUUCUUGUUUAUCUUCAACUUGUUAUUUUCCUCACUUUAAAUCUCCAAUUCAUGCAUGCCUGUUCUUCGUCAAAUGAGACUGAUCAGCUUGCUUUGCUCAAAUUCAAAGAAGGGAUAUCUAGUGAUCCCCAUCAAGUCUUCAACUCAUGGAAUCACUCUCUCCCUUUUUGCCAAUGGCAUGGAAUCACUUGCAGUGGCCGCCAUUAUAGAGUCACUUCAUUAGUGUUAAAAGGCUAUAAUUUGAUUGGAUCCAUAUCGCCAUAUAUUGGCAAUUUGAGUUUUCUGAGAGUACUCAACCUUCAAAACAAUAGUUUCAAUGGUGAAAUUCCAUCCGAAGUCGGUAAUUUAUUUCGAUUGUAUCAAAUCUCUCUCAACAAUAAUACAGUCAAAGGUGAAAUUCCAAUCAACUUGACUCGUUGUUUCAACCUAAGGAUAAUCGAGCUGUCAUGGAAUAAUCUUAUUGGAAAAAUCCCUGUAGAACUUGGUUCUAUGAUAAAGCUUGAAGUGCUUCAGAUUAGUGCAAAUAAUCUGCAGGGAAAAAUACCACCUUCUCUUGGGAAUCUUUCAUCGCUUACUUUCCUUUCUGCAGGAAUGAUGAAGUUGGAGGGGAAUAUUCCAAAUGAACUGGGUCAAUUAACAGGCCUGAGAUUUUUAGGUUUUGCUGCCAAUAAUCUAAAAGGUAUACUUCCUUCAUCCAUUUUUAAUAUCUCAUCUCUUAAUACCUUGUCCCUUGGUAAGAACAAGCUUAAUGGGAGCCUGCCAACCAACAUAGGGAUUACUCUACCAAAUCUCCAGCGAAUUUCUAUUGGAGAUAGUUAUUUUUCUGGGUCAAUUCCAAAUUCCUUUUGCAAUGCUUCUCAACUGAUGGUGCUUGAGCUUUCGGGAAACAAUUUUAUGGGACAAAUACCGAAUUGUCUGGGAAAUUUACAGAGUCUUUGGCGACUAAAUGUGCAAGCAAAUAAUCUAGGAUAUAAUUCCACAAGUGAUUUCGCCUUUUUAACAUCUCUGAAAAAUUGUAGCAACCUGAAAUUUCUGGCUCUCACUUCAAACAAUUUUGGAGGUGCUUUGCCUAGCUCUGUAGCCAACUUGUCAAUUCAACUUGACAAGCUGAAUUUUGGAGGUAAUCAAAUCACAGGAAUUAUUCCCGGGGCGUUAGAGAAUCUCAUCAACUUAAUUUUAUUGAACUUGUGUAAUAAUCUUUUCACUGGAGUCAUCCCUCCUUCUAUUGGAAAACUAACAAAGCUUCAACGACUUUAUUUGGGUGGAAAUAGACUGUCAGGUCAAAUCCCAUUAUCUAUAGGUAAUCUUACCCAUUUGUCUCUACUUUCUAUCUCGCAAAAUAAUCUGGAAGGAAAUAUUCCAAUAAGUAUAAGAAAUUGCCAAAGUUUGCAGUAUUUGGAUAUUUCAAAAAAUAAUCUCAUUGGCUCUAUACCCAAGGAAGUUUUCCAUCUACCUUCUUUAUCUCAGUACUUAAGCUUGUCACAUAAUUCACUCACCGGCGAACUACAUGCAGACGUGGGAAAGCUAACAAAUAUAAAUGCAUUGGAUUUCUCAGCAAACAUGCUUUCUGGAGGAAUUCCAAGAACGAUUGGAUCUUGUUUAGUUUUAGAAUCUCUCUAUAUGCAAGGAAAUUUUUUCCAAGGAAUCAUUCCUUCAUCUAUGGCUUCCUUAAAAGGUCUCCAGAAGUUAGAUUUUUCACAGAACAAUCUCACUGGUGAAAUUCCAAAGGAUCUGCAGAAUUUACAGUUUCUCAUGUAUUUAAAUCUUUCUUUCAAUGAUCUUAUGGGUGAGAUUCCAAUUGAAGGAGUUUUCAAAAAUGCAAGUGCAAUUUCAUUGAUGGGUAAUAAUAAGCUUUGUGGUGGUAUACCAGAACUCCAUCAACGAACAUGCUCUACCAACACAAUGAAGAAAGGAAAGUCCUCUGCUAUUAAGUUAGCAAUCAUAAUUCCUUGCCUGAUUCUUAGUGUCUUGUUGAUGUUAGCCUUCGUGCUUGCCUAUCGAAGGAGAGAAUCAAACAAGAAGGCUUUUCCUCCAGCCAAUGAAAUGGAUCGCCUUGUCAAGAUAUCUUAUAAGGAUCUUUAUGAUGCAACAAGUGGAUUUUCUUCUGACAACUUACUUGGAUCUGGUAGCUUUGGUUUUGUGUAUAGAGGAUUUCUCAAUCAAAUGGAAAAAGUGGUGGCUAUCAAGGUUCUCAAUCUUGGAACUAAGGGUGCUUCAAAAAGCUUCGUGGCUGAGUGCAAAGUGUUAAGGACAAUGAGGCAUCGAAAUCUAGUUAGGUUGUUUACAUAUUGCUCUAGCAUUGAUUACAAGCAAAAUGAGUUCAAAGCUCUAGUUUAUGAAUUCAUGGGUAAAGGAAGCUUGGAGAAGUGGUUGUAUCAAGAUGUCCACGAUAAUUAUCCGUCAAGAAACUUGGACCUUCUUCAAAGAUUGAAUAUUGCAAUUGAUGUGGCGUCGGCAUUGCAUUAUGUUCAUGACCUUUGUGACAUUCCAGUCAUUCAUUGCGACUUGAAGCCCAGCAAUGUUCUACUGGAUGAUGACAUGGUUGCACAUUUAAGUGAUUUUGGUUUGGCUAAGCUCUUGUUGAACACCAACGAUGCAUCACAAACUCACACGAGCUCAAUUGGGAUAAGAGGGACUAUUGGCUAUAUGCCUCCAGAGUAUGGAAUGGGUGGCAUUCCAUCAAAAGAGGGAGAUGUUUAUGGUUACGGGAUCCUUGUAUUGGAGAUUUUCUCAGGAAAAAAGCCAACUGAUAAAAUAUUUGAAGAUCAAUUAAAUCUGCACAACUUCGUGAAAGAUGCGUUGCCAGAAAGACUUAUGCAGAUUACAAACCCAAUUAUUCUCUCAAGAGAAAUGAAAGAAACACCAGCAUCAAAUACUGAAAUAGAUGAGCAAAUAGAAAUACAUGUAGAAGCAGAGUCGAGCAUUGCAAAAGAGAAAGAUUGUCUGCUUUCAAUAUUCAAAGUUGGUGUAGCUUGCUCAAUGGAAUCACCCAACGAGAGAAUGAAGAUGAGGGAUGUUGUUAAAGAAUUGCAUUUAAUUAGAAGUAAUUUCUUGGGAGUUCGAAUAUAUGGGUAAAAGAGGAGAAUAGCAAUUCCUCAAUAAGUCAAGCGACCAGCAAAUAUUGAGGAUUGAGGAUAUAAAGCUCUUGAAGAUUUUAUAUUCGGUUAAUUAAAUUGUGUUUGUUUUAGUGGUAACUGUUCUAAUAGUGGUUAGUGUAAAUUUUUUGGAUAAAUUGCCUUAUUUCUUUUAUUAUUGUUAUUAUUAUUUAUUAUUAUUGAUU